AUGAUCGAGAUCACUCUGAACGAUCGAUUGGGGAAGAAAAUUCGCGUCAAGUGCAACGAGGACGACACGAUCGGGGACCUGAAGAAACUCGUCGCCGCGCAGACGGGGACGCGCGCGGAGAAGAUUCGCAUACAAAAGUGGUACACCAUCUACAAGGAUCACAUCACGCUGGAGGAUUACGAGGUGCACGACGGGGCAAAUUUAGAGCUGUACUACAACUAG